AUGGCGGGGCCCAUUGUAUACGAAGACGUGGCCGAGGGCGCCGAGCUCGAAGCUGGCGAACUCUUCGAGGGCAAGAAGUUCUGGGUCGCGCAACGCGUGCCUCACCGCGCAGCGCUGCGGGACCUGAUCAGAGCCAACGGCGGCAGCAUCGUGCCGCUGGAGAAGCAGGCCGACUGGAUGAUCGCAGACCACUUCCGCAAGGACUGUCCGCCAGGAACAAUCAGCUACGACUUCGUGCACAAGUCCAUUGCAAGCGGCGAGAUCUUAGAUCCGAACGACUUUCCAGCAGGGCCGAGGAUAGGCACUGCACGUGACCCUGGCUCCAUAGUCAGACCUGCAAAGGGUACGAGAGCUGCGUUCACGCCUGACGAGGACCGCAUACUGUACAAGUGGGCCACGGACGCUGCAGCAAGUGGCGUUGCGGUCAGUGGGAAUGAGCUGUACAAGAAGCUGGAGGAGAAGUAUCCGCGACACACAUGGCAGUCGUGGCGCCACCGCUACCUCAAGAAGCUCCAGUAUCAGCCUCCUUCCGCGGUCAACAUCCCGGACAAUGCGCCGCCGUCUCCGCCUUCAAACCAGUCGUCGAGAGCGGCCGCGCCACCUGCAGCGAAGAAGUCGGGACUUGUCAGGGACAAGAACAAGGCUCGGUUCGUGCAAGAAGAACCUGCCACUGCCAGCAUGGGGACAGCUACCAGCGAAGAACCAGCAACAGGCAAGGAAACGUACACCGUCGAUCAACUAGCCGCAACAUUUACAACAGAGGACUGGGAAGAGCUGUACGCCUUCGUUGAAGACAUCGACAGCUGCUCGAAAGAAGACAUGUCUUACGACACAGCAUGGACGAACUGGGCCGAGAAGCAGGACAAUCAAUCGGCUGCGCAGUGGCGGCAGUACUACGAGAAGGUGGUCAGGCCACAGUGGCUGCGAGACCCGGUUUCGAAGAGGGAAUGUAUAAGGAAGAAGGUUGAAGAGAGAAACCAGGACGAUAGCUCGAGUCAGACACAGGGCAAGACUGUUGUUGCGUCUCAGACCGUUGCCGCGUCUCAGGCCGUGGAGUAUGCCUCUGUGGAUGAUCUGGACAAGAUGGAAGGAUGGGCCGAAGAGCAACAUAAGAAACGUCUAAGAGACUUGGAAGCGCAAGGUAGAUCGCCUUUCGAGCUCAAGAAGAACACGUCGAACCUACUGCCUUCAGACUCAAGAUUGGCGUCUGAAUCCACAGCACAGCACGAGACGCCACAGUAUAUCAGGAAUGGAUACGAGUCGGCACUGAAGCGCAUACGGGGCGAAGUAGAGGAUGCGCCAGCACCGACCGAACCAGCUCGGCCCGCGAAGAUCCACAGGAGAACCAGCUUGUCGCCAACUCUAGUGGAGCCAGAAGAGCCAGUGGACUUUGUUGGCACUCGGGAACAGCCGCUGGAUAUCUCUUCAGCUCUGAGCUUCCAACAUGCAAGCGCUGAGCAACCUUUUUCAGAGGAAGCUACGCCUAGCCAGACACAGGAGCAAGCCGCGCAGAUCGAUGAACAGGAAGAAACAGGGAGUACACAGUCAGAGGACGAGUCUGCGCACACCGCUCCACUUCCUCGGCCCCCCAUCGAACUGGAAGACGAAGAUAAUGAUCUCGAGAGCAUAGCUUCCUCCACCGACUUUGCCCACAUUGCUCCUCUCCCCAGGCCACCCCAGAUCCCAGAAGAUGAAGACGACGAAGAUAAUCUUCCCUCCAAUACCCCAACCCCUCGCGUGAACAAAUUCGCCGCCUUCGAUACCCAAGCCAUCCUCUCGCCCUCCCAGAUCUCUAAUCAUAUCAGCAAGCUUCCACGACCACUCCUCGACUCCUCGCCCCCACACCAUCCCGACUCAGACGCCUCAGCCACCCAAUCCCUGCAAGAAUUCAGCAGCUACCUUCAAGAAAACGACCUCGACAAUGCAACACAGACACAAUCACCACUUACCCGGCUCCCACGCCCCGCCUCUCCAACACUCUCAGCCACUUCUGAAGUAUCGAGCACUGGGUCCCGGGAUCCAGACGAGCCUCUUGCUGCUGAUGAGAUGGAAGAUUUCUUCGCCGAGCAGCACGCCGAAGGCUUCUCUUCCGAAUUCAUAACCAAAGCUUUGAAGCGGACACGUUUCCGACCUGGUCUCGCGGUCGCAGUGCUGGAUGCGUGGAAAGCUGGCCGCCCUUUGCCGGCGCAAAGAGGGGUUUGGAGUGUUGAAGAUGAUUCGGAAGUUGAGAGCGGUGAUGGCGCGGCGCUGGCGAGGCUGCAGAAGAAACACACCCUAGACGGCUGGGGCGGUAUAACAGAACGUAUGAACUUCCUCUCCGCAUGGAGUCGACGGUGA